UAAUGUCUCUCUCUCCUCUCUCUUUUGCUGUGCCUCGUAAUUUUAGACCGUAUUUUUCUUAAGUCCUACUAUUACUGCCUCAAGAAAUUAUAAAAAAAUCGCUUUUCCCUUUAGUUUUCAUCCUUGUUUUCUUUGGGAGUCAUAAACUCCCUGCUGCGUCUAGUAUUUCCGAAAUAUUUUUUUAUUUAAGGCAGGAGAGAGAGGAGAGAGAGAGAGAGAGAGAGAGAGAGAGAGCAGCCGAGGCCGAGCUAUCGCUCUCUUCCCCUCACACAGCUAUCAGAUCCGAAGCAGGAAGAAAAUCGCGCGAAGCCCUAGCUCUAGAUGCGCGCCACCGAUUGCUGCCGGCGCUGCUGCUUCUAGGGUUCUAAGGGGAUGCUGGGUGUCGAGCCCGACGGCGGCGGCGGCGGCGCGUCCUCCUCUGCCGCCGCAGAGAAUUUUGAUGCUGGGCAGUACGCCUUCUUCGGGAAGGAGUCACUGGAGGGGCUCGACAUCGGUUGCUUGGAGGAUGGCGGCGGCGAUGGCAAUGGCGGUGGAUUCAGUGGGCCAGAAGAGGGGCUAUACCGGCUCCCUUCUGUUGGAGAAGAGAUCGACAAUUUGAGUAACUUGUCUGACAUUGAUGAUCUUGCAAGCACUUUUUUUAAGUUGAACCGAAGCAUUAGUGGAACUCGGAAUCCUGGUGUUAUUGGGGACAGGCGAUCCAUUUCAAGAGGAAGUUCUUUAACUGUUGACUUGGCUGAGGAUGUUGAAUUUCCAAACUGGGUAGAUCAGGACAUAUUAGAAAAUGAGGAAUUCCAGGAAAGUAAAAGAUGGUGGUCAUCGCAUUCUUCAGUUCUGCAAGGGGACUCCAAUUCCAAACCAUUAAGUCGAACAUCUUCAUACCCUCAGCAGCCACUGCAGCACCGCUCAAGUGAACCUAUUGUUUUACCAAAAACAUCUUCAUUUACCUCCUUUCCGCCACCAGGUGGUGAUAGAUCACCUUAUCCUGCUCAAGGCCUUACGCGUCAUGGGAGCAUUCCAUCAAUUGGUGCUGGGCUCCAAAUGGGUUCUCCGAGCAUGUCACUUUCUGGUUCGCCAUAUCAUAUGGCCAGACCAUCUCAUGGACUACCAUACGGAGGAGGAAUGCCUUAUGGUGCUCUUAACCCGCCUGUAAACAAUCCAAUGCAAAUUGAUUGGUCAAACCAAGUUAACCCUUUCACUGGAGAGCAUCUUAAUCUACUGCCCAACUUAUUACAUAAACAAUUAUCGCUUCCUAAUAGCCCAAUUUCAUCACUCCUAUUCUCUCAGCAACAGCAGAGAUUGGCACAGGUACAAUCAUCCCAUCAGAGUUACCUAAAUUUACCACCUCACCUAUUCUAUCCCCAUCACACCCCAGAGAUAAUAGCCAGGUUUGAUUCUGUUAGCAGUGUUCCUUCAUCAAGAGACAAGAGAUCAAGGUCAGGGAGGGGAAAACACAACACUCGCUUCUCUCAACCACCGUCUGAUACUGGUGGCCAGAAUGGUGACAGUGGAGGUUUAAGGUUUAGAUCCAAGUACAUGUCAUCUGAAGAGAUUGAAUCUAUCUUAAGGAUGCAGCAUUCAGCAAGUCACAGCAGUGAUCCUUAUGUCGUUGAUUAUUACCAUCAAGCUUGUAUGGCAAAAAGGGGUGCCACUUCUAGGCAAAAGACCAAUUUCUCCCCAACAUUAAUGAAAGACUUGCCUUCCAAGUCACGAUCCAGCAGUGAUCAGCACACAUAUCUUCAGGUUGAUGCUCUUGGGAGAGUUUCUUUCUCUUCCAUACGUAGGCCUCGGUCCCUUCUUGAAGUUGACCAUCCUUCAUCCGCUGAUGGUUCUCAUGAUCAGAAGUCCAUUAUGAGGCCCCUGGAGAAAGAACCAAUGCUGGCAGCAAGAGUCACUGUUGAAGAUGCUCUCUGCCUUCUUCUUGAGGUGGAUGAUAUUGACCGGCUGUUGCAGUAUAGCCAGGCACAGGACAACACUUUCCAACUGAAGCAAAGACAACAAGUCCUCCUUGAAGGUCUAGCUGCAUCACUUCAGCUUGUUGAUCCUCUUGGGCCCAGCAAAUCUGGUCAUUCAUCUGGGUUAGCUCUGAAGGAUGAUGUUGUGUUUCUUCGUAUUGUCUCUCUCCCGAAAGGACGUAAGUUUUUUGCACGUUACCUUCGACUUCUUGUCCCUGGCAGUGAGUUGACUCGGAUAGUAUGCAUGGCGAUUUUUCGCCAUCUGAGGUUCUUGUUUGGGGGUUUGCCAUCAGACUCUAGUGCAGCAGAAACAACAAUUGCUCUUGCGAAGACUGUUUCGUCUUGCGUGCAUCACAUGGAACUUGGUGCUCUUAGUGCUUGCCUUGCUGCUGUUGUUUGUUCAUCUGAACAGCCACCUCUCCGUCCUCUUGGUAGCUCUGCUGGUGAUGGUGCUUCUCUAAUUAUUAAAUCAGUACUGGAUCAAGCAACUGAGUUACUGACUGAUCAUCAUGCUGUAACCAACUACACUGUGCCAAACCGAACUCUCUGGCAGGCAUCAUUUGAUGCUUUCUUUGGGCUUCUAACAAAAUACUGUGUCAGUAAGUGUGAAAGUAUCCUGCAGAUGUUUGUCAUGCAAGCAUCAAGCUCUGUAAUUGGACCUGAAGCUUCCAAAGCUACUAGUAAGGAGAUGCCUGUUGAGCUACUUCGUGCAAGCCUUCCUCAUACAAAUGAACAGCAGCGCCAGAUGCUGCUUGAUUUUGCUCAGAGAUCCAUGCCGUUAACUGGUUUCAAUCCCCCUGGUGCUAGUGGUGGACACAUCACUUCAGAAACUGUUCCUGGUUGAUGUAACUGAAGGAGAAACAGAAAGGCAAAGGGUCAAUGCUUUAAAACAUUGACGUGAUUGUCUCCAGAUGGUAAUUCUUGUAUCUGAAGACAUGCAUUCCCCAUUGUAAGAUGUGAGCUUGGAGAAGUUCCAUCGGCUCAGGAUAUUAGCCUUUGCUUCAGGUUGUGACGUAAGUGUAGUAAGUGUAGGUUUCAGAUUAAUCUCAGACCAACAAUCUCCUCUCUGUGGGUCAUUUAAUAUAGCACCCACCUGAUGAUUAUAACAGACUAUGCAUGUACGCUAUACUGUUGUAACUCUGUGCAGCGUUGAACUGGUCACCUCGUUGGGGCAGUUUAGUUUUUUAACAUUUAUAUGCUCCAGUGAAGAAGACCUUAAUGGGCAUAGUCUUUAACCAGUGAAGAAGACCUGGGCGGGCUGGCUGCGAGCAGGCACAUUUGCAUCCCUAGCACUCUAGCUGUGGUUGUGGUUGUACAGGUUCAAUUAUCAGGGCCUUCCUGUCUUUUAUUUUUUUUACGAGUGUGGAAGGUGCCCAGUAUCAAGUACGAAGUAUGUAGUCUGGUCUUGGUGUCUUGUCUACUUAAGUUAGGAUCAAAUGUGUUAAAAUAAUGGAGUACUUUUGUUAGGCAUCUGGAAAGAUAUUUUCUUCUAGUUGGCCUUCAGUCUUCUAAGGUUUCAGAACAGUGUAUCGUCCAGGUACCCACUGAUAUUGUGUAGUGGAUACCGGAAUUGCAGGUGUACCAUUUCGAAAUUUCUACUGCUAAAGUUCUUCACAGGUCAUUGGACUAUUCUGCU